UUCCUCCCAGCAGGCUCCAGCAGCUUCCUCCUCCCUCUUUGUUUCCUUCUUCCGCUCAGACGCUCAGAGUGUUUCAGUGAGAAGAAAGAGGAGAUGUGAACAUGCAGCUCUUCCUGGCUCUCUUCUUCCUGCUGGGAAUCCCCAGCGGGGCUCCAGAAAUUCACUCUCUCAAGUAUUUCUACACUGGAGCCUCCAAUGUUCCAAACUUUCCAGAGUUUGUGCAAGUUGGUUUGGUGGAUGACAUGGAGGUUUCUCGCUACGACAGCAACACCAGGAGAAAAGUUCCCAAACAGGACUGGAUGAAUAAAAUCACAGAAGAAGAUCCAACGUACUGGGAGGAAACCACUCAACGCCUGAAGGGAUCUCAGCAAACCUUCAAAGCAAACAUUGAGAUCUUGAAGCAGCGUUUGAACCAAACUGGAGGUGUUCAUAUUCUCCAGGUCAUGUACGGUUGUGAAUGGGACGAUGAAACUGAUGAAGUGGUGAACGGAUAUGAACAGUAUCAUUUCGAUGGAGAAGAUUUCCUCGUUUAUGACCUGAAGACAGAAACAUGGAUCGCUCCAGUUCAACAGGCUGUUCCCACCAAACACAAGUAUGAACAUAACAAAGCUUUUAUGGCUCAGCGGAAGCAGUACCACACCACAGAGUGUGUUGAUUGGCUGAAGAAGUAUGUGGAGUUUGGUCGGAGCUCACUGAUGAGAAAAGAUCUUCCCUCAGUGUCUCUCCUCCAGAAGACUCCCUCCUCUCCGCUCACCUGCCACGCUACAGGGCUCAAAGAUGAAGACUGGGGGAGGUACAGCUGUGUGUUUCAUCUGGCUGGAGGACAGGAAGUCUCCAAGAGACUGGACAAACGGGACAUCAGGACCAACUGGAAGACAAAUGAUGGAGGGUUUCCCACUGGAGCUGUUGCUGGAGGAGUUGUUGCUGCUCAGUUCCUCCUGACAGGCUGCAUCAUGGGACUCAUCGUCUGCUUGAAGAAACGACCUCAAGGGUUCAGAGCCACUAACACCAAUGAAACUUCCUCUUCAGCAGGAGAAGAUCCAGCGCUGGAGGAAGUUAGUCCAUCAAGUGAAGCAUGAUGUCCGGGUUGUUCCAGAUGGGUAAGCCCCUAAAAGACGCCCCCCCUGGACCAGAUGUCUGGAGGGUUCCUCACUCCAGGAGCUCCAGAGAAGAGCAUGAGGGACAGAGCUGAGCAGCCAGCAGUAAAGUCCAGGGGGGAUUCUCUCCUCUGGAUGCUGAUGUGUUGCAGUGGAGGAAAGAACAGCUGGAUCUUCCACUGCUUUCCAAACUGGCCUCCAGCUGCUGUCCAUCCCUGCAACAAGUGUCCAUCAGAGGAGAGCUGAGCUCAGCUGGUGACAGACAGCAGGAGCAGCACAGCAGUCUGCUUCUUCCUGAACAUGUGGACCAGCUGAUGCUCCUCCAGGAAAAGCCCACGCUCAGUCAUAUGAAGUGAAGCCCUCAGUGAGGGAGGAUCGCCAACACCGCUGGACUUUUGGCCCCGAUCGUCAUCAGAGAGCUGUUUCUGUUUGGUGAACUU